UGAGUUUGGAUGCCGCAGAGUGGCAAAACUAGUUGCAGAUGUUAUGUCUGCUGAGUUUAUGAAAGGGUGGGAAGUUAAAAGUCAGUAUGUUAUUCAGCUGCCGUAACUGCUCUUUGGACUUGUUGUUAGGGGGCUGGAAACGAAUAAAGCUUUGUACUUCACCAAGAACAAAAAUGUAAGCUUGAAUUCUUCCAUGGCAGGGAAGAACAACCCACCUUCUACAUUGUUUCAGUACCCAAGGAGAUCUAACAUGUCAAGCUUGCACUUGACAAAGAAGGGCAGGGAAGAACAACGGCUGGAUCUGCAUCGGGAUUUCACGGUCGCCUCCCCUGCAGAAUUUGUCAUUCGGUUUGGUGGGAACAAGGUCAUCGAAAAGGUUCUGAUCGCCAACAAUGGCAUUGCAGCUGUUAAAUGUAUGCGGUCCAUCCGCCGAUGGUCCUACGAAAUGUUUCGAAACGAAAGAGCAGUUAGGUUUGUUGUCAUGGUUACUCCUGAAGAUCUGAAAGCCAAUGCAGAAUACAUCAAAAUGGCAGAUCAGUAUGUACCAGUUUCUGGGGGACCCAACAACAAUAAUUAUGCUAAUGUAGAGCUGAUUGUGGACAUUGCAAAGAGAAUCCCAGUGCAGGCAGUUUGGGCCGGCUGGGGACAUGCCUCUGAGAAUCCUAAACUUCCAGAACUCCUUCAGAAAUAUAACAUUGCAUUUCUAGGUCCUUCAAGCCAGGCUAUGUGGACACUGGGAGAUAAAAUAGCCUCCUCCAUUGUCGCACAGACUGCAGGGAUCCCAACAUUGCCUUGGAGUGGAAGUGGUCUGAUUCUUGACUGGACAGAGGAAGAUCAGAAACUGAAGAGAACUGUCAAUGUUUCUAAAGAAGUGUACAUGAAUGGCUGUGUACGAGAUGCCACUGAAGGUUUGGAGGCUGCAGGAAAAAUUGGUUAUCCAGUGAUGAUUAAAGCAUCUGAAGGUGGUGGAGGAAAGGGCAUUCGCAAAGUUGAUAGUGCAGAUGAUUUUCCUAACCUCUUCAGACAAGUUCAAACUGAGGUUCCAGGAUCUCCAAUUUUCAUCAUGCAAAUGGCCCAACAUGCACGACACCUUGAGGUACAGAUCCUGGCAGACCAGAACGGAAAUGCUAUCUCAUUGUUUGGGAGGGAUUGUUCCAUUCAACGUAGGCAUCAGAAGAUUAUUGAGGAGGCGCCUGUUACUAUAGCAACUCAAUCAGUGCUUGAGUGUAUGGAGCAAUGUGCAGUGCGAAUUGCCAAAAUGGUUGGUUAUGUUAGUGCAGGCACUGUAGAAUACCUCUACAGCCCAGAUGGCAGCUUCUACUUCCUGGAACUCAAUCCUCGCCUGCAGGUUGAACAUCCCUGCACUGAGAUGGUAGCAGAUGUUAACUUGCCUGCUGCCCAACUACAGAUCGCCAUGGGGAUCCCUUUACAUCGGCUUAAAGAUAUCAGAAUCCUGUAUGGUGAAUGUCCUUGGGCUGACUCAGCAAUCAACUUCGAGGAGCCAAUAAAUAUCCCAAGGCUCAGGGGUCAUGUUAUUGCUGCCAGGAUCACAAGUGAAAAUCCUGAUGAGGGAUUUAAGCCCAGUUCAGGAACAGUCCAGGAAUUAAAUUUCCGCAGUAAUAAAAACGUCUGGGGAUACUUCAGUGUGGCAGCUGCUGGUGGCCUGCAUGAGUUUGCUGAUUCCCAGUUUGGUCACUGUUUCUCCUGGGGAGAAAACCGCGAGGAGGCUAUCUCGAAUAUGGUUCUAGCACUUAAGGAACUCUCAAUCCGUGGAGACUUUAGAACAACUGUUCAGUACUUGAUCAAGCUGUUGGAAACAGAGAGCUUUCAGCUUAACACCAUUGAUACUAGCUGGCUUGACCACCUCAUCGCAGAUAAAGUACAGGCAGAGAGACCAGAUACAAUGCUUGGAGUGGUGUGUGGUGCUUUACAUGUGGCAGAUUCAGCCUUUCAAAUAAGUAUGACCAACUUCCUACAUUCUCUUGAAAGAGGUCAGGUUCUCCCAGCAAACAGCCUGUUAAAUAUAGUGGAUGUGGAGCUUAUUUAUGAAGAAACUAAAUAUUCCUUACAGGUAGCCCGUCAGUCAUUGACCCUUUAUGUUGCUAUUAUGAACAACUCGCAUAUUGAGAUCGACGUUCACCGGCUAAGUGAUGGAGGCCUCUUAUUAUCCUAUGAUGGCAAUAGUUACACUACAUACAUGAAAGAGGAGAUAGACAAGUAUUUGAUCACUAUUGGUAACAAGACUUGCGUGUUUGAGAAGGAGAAGGAUCCCACUGUGUUGAGGUCUCCCUCUGCUGGCAAACUACUGCAGUACCUUGUUGAAGAUGGAGGCCAUGUUUUGGCAAAACAUUGCUAUGCAGAGAUUGAGGUGAUGAAGAUGGUGAUGGCUUUGGCUGUUGAAGAAUCAGGAUGUGUGCAUUAUGUAAAGAGACCAGGUGCCUGUCUAGAGCAAGGUUCCAUAGUAGCUAAAAUGGAAUUAGAUGACCCCAAGAAACUUCAUACAGCCCACUUGCACACAGGAGUCUUUGCGUCACAGCAGUCAUUAGCUAUUGUUGGCAAGAAACUCCAUCAAGUUUUCCACAGUGUACUAGAGAACCUAGUCAACGUUACGAAUGGUUACUGUUUGCCUGAACCUUACUUCAGCAGUAAGGUUAAAACGUGGGUCACAAAACUGAUGACAACUCUCCGAGACCCUUCCCUACCACUUCUUGAGUUGCAAGACAUUAUGACCAAUGUUUCAGGCAGGAUCCCCGUGAGUGUGGAGAAGGCCAUUCGAAAAGUGAUAGCCCAGUAUGCCAGUAACAUCACUUCUGUGCUCAGUCAAUUCCCCAGCCAGCAGAUUGCCAACAUCCUGGAUAGCCAUGCAGCCACCCUUCAACGGAAAGCAGACAGAGAAGUCUUCUUUAUGAACACACAGAGCAUUGUCCAGUUGGUGCAGCGCUAUCGAAGUGGGAUUCGUGGGCACAUGAAAUCAGUUGUCCUUGACCUGCUGAGGAGGUAUCUGAAUGUGGAAACACAGUUUCAACAAGCUCAUUAUGACAAAUGUGUGAUCAACUUGAGGGAACAGUACAAACCUGAUAUGACACCAGUACUUGAUUGCAUCUUCUCUCAUGCACAGGUGGCCAAGAAAAACAUCCUGGUUAUCAUGUUAAUUGACCAACUUUGUUCUCGAGAUCCCACGUUGACAGAAGAACUGAUGGUAAUUUUAAAUGAACUAACACAACUUAGCAAAAUGGAGAAUGCCAAGGUGGCUCUACGAUCCAGGCAGGUUUUGAUUGCAUCACACCUGCCCUCCUAUGAGUUGCGGCAUAAUCAGGUGGAGUCCCUCUUCUUGUCUGCUAUCGAUAUGUAUGGCCACCAGUUCUGUCCUGAUAAUCUAAAAAAACUGAUCUUCUCAGAGACCUCUAUUUUUGAUGUUUUGCCCAACUUCUUCUAUCAUGUCAAUAGAGUUGUACGGAUGGCAGCUCUUGAGGUAUAUGUGCGGAGAGCAUACAUUGCCUACGAACUGAACAGCGUACAGCACCAUCAACUGCGUAAUGGCAUUUGUGUGGUGGAUUUCCAGUUCUUACUUCCUUCAUCUCAUCCAAACAGAGGAAGCUAUCCUACCCUAUACAGGAUGUGUGUUCCAACCAGCACAGUUCACUAUGAGCUGAAUCGACAAAGCAAUGACCUCUUCAAAACGGGCAUGCCGUCUCCUGUAUGCCAGCGAAUGGGAGUAUUAGUUGCAUUUGAAACAUUUGAAGAUUUAGUUAAAAACUUUGAAGAAGUGAUUUCCUGCUUUGCUGACCCAUUUCUGGACAGUCCGCUAUUUUCUGAAACAAGAUCCACCUUCUUUGACCAAACAGACAUUCAGAACUUGAAAGAGGAACCUAUCCAUAUUUUGAUUGUUGCCCUCAAAGAGGUUGAUUCUGAGCAGGAUGAUGAACUGGUGCCUAUCUUCAGCAAAUUCUGUCAAUCACAGAAAGCACUUCUUUUUGACUAUGGAAUCAGACGAAUCACCUUUCUGGUUGGGCAGAAGCGAGAAUUCCCCAAGUACUUCACCUUCAGGGCCAGUGCUGAGUUUGCAGAGGAUCGUAUUUAUCGACAUUUGGACCCGGCAUUAGCCUUUCAGCUGGAACUUAACCGAAUGCGAAACUUUGACCUCACUGCUGUUCCCUGUGGUAAUCACAAGAUGCACCUGUAUUUAGGUGCUGCCAAGGUGAAGAAAGGAGCAGAAGUCACUGACUACAGGUUCUUUGUCCGAGCGAUAGUGCGUCACCCUGACCUCAUCACUAAGGAAGCCUCUUUUGAAUAUCUACAAAAUGAGGGAGAGCGUCUGCUGCUUGAGGCCAUGGAUGAAUUGGAGGUGGCUUUUAACAAACAGACUGUCCGCACUGAUUGCAAUCAUAUCUUCCUCAACUUCGUGCCAACUGUGAUAAUGGACCCAUCCAAGAUUGAGAAGUCUGUCCAUGACAUGGUUAUGAGAUAUGGAAGCAGGUUGUGGAAACUCAGGGUCCUGCAAGCUGAGCUCAAAAUAAAUAUCCGCCUAACGCCCACAGGAAAAGCAAUCCCAAUCCGUUUGCUUCUUACCAAUGAAUCUGGAUAUUACUUGGAUAUGAGCCUUUACAAGGAGGUGCCAAAUGCUAGGACUGGACAGAUCAUGUUUAUUUCAUAUGGAGAAAAGCAGGGACCUCUCCACGGAAUGUUGAUGAAUACACCUUAUGUCACCAAAGAUCUAUUGCAGGCAAAGCGAUUCCAGGCACAGAGCUUGGGAACAACCUAUGUCUAUGACUUUCCUGAAAUCUUUCAGCAGGCUCUCUUUAAGCUGUGGGGGUCUGAUGUAGAGUGUCCUAAGGAACCAUUCCUGUGCACAGAACUUGUUCUAGACUCUCAGGGUCAACUCGUGCAUAUGAACAGGAUUGCUGGAGGUAAUGAGGUAGGAAUGGUGGCCUGGAAAAUGAACUUAAAAACUCCAGAAUAUCCCGAAGGACGUGACAUUAUUGUGAUUUGUAAUGAUCUCACUUAUAAGAUUGGUUCAUUUGGCCCUGAGGAGGAUUUGCUAUUCUUGCGGGCAUCUCAACUAGCCAGAGCAGAAGGCAUUCCUAGAAUUUAUAUCGCAGCCAACAGUGGUGCCAGGAUUGGCCUUGCUGAAGAGAUAAGGAACAUGUUUCAGGUGGCCUGGGAAGAUCCAGAUGAUCCAUACAAGGGCUUCAGAUACUUAUACUUGACACCUCAGGACUACACGAGAAUUAGCCCUUUUAACUCUGUGCACUGUGAACAUGUGGAGGAGGAUGGAGAGUACAGAUAUGUUAUCACUGACAUUAUUGGCAAAGAGGAAGGCUUGGGAGUAGAGAACCUGCGAGGAGCUGGAACCAUUGCAGGAGAAUCCUCCCUUGCUUACAAUGAAAUUGUCACCAUCAGUCUGGUGACUUGUCGUGCAAUUGGAAUUGGAGCAUACUUAGUGAGGUUGGGACAACGUGUGAUCCAAGUGGAAAAUUCCCAUAUCAUUCUCACUGGAGCCAGUGCACUGAACAAGGUUCUUGGCCGGGAAGUGUACACAUCCAACAAUCAGCUGGGUGGAGUGCAUAUCAUGCACAACAAUGGUAUAUCACAUACAACUGUCCCUGAUGACUUUGAGGGUGUUUAUACCAUCUUACAGUGGCUAUCUUACAUGCCUAAGAACAACACAAGUCCAGUGCCUGUAGUCUCCCCAAAGGAUUGUCCCGAGAGGGAAAUUGACUUUGUCCCCACCAAGACUCCAUAUGAUCCUCGAUGGAUGCUAGCUGGCAGACCUCAUCCAAAUAUCAAGGGUGCCUGGCAGAGUGGUUUCUUUGACCAUGGAUCUUUCAGUGAAAUCAUGAAACCCUGGGCUCAGACAGUAAUUGUUGGAAGAGCAAGGUUAGGUGGGAUCCCUGUGGGGGUUAUCGCUGUGGAGACUCGAACAGUUGAAUUGACGAAUCCAGCAGAUCCAGCUGAUCCAGAAUCAGAAUCAAAAAUUGUUCAGCAAGCUGGACAGGUAUGGUUUCCAGACUCAGCUUUCAAAACUGCACAGGUCAUUAAGGACUUUAAACGAGAACGGCUUCCCCUUAUUGUAUUUGCUAACUGGAGAGGGUUUUCUGGUGGAAUGAAAGAUAUGUAUGAUCAGGUUCUGAAGUUUGGUGCCAGUAUCGUAGAUAGUUUAAGGGAGUUCCAGCAGCCUGUGCUCGUAUACAUCCCACCUCAUGCUGAACUCCGAGGUGGCUCGUGGGCAGUGAUUGAUCCUACAAUCAAUCCACUUUACAUAGAACUCUAUGCGGACCAAGAAAGCAGGGGUGGUGUGCUAGAGCCUGAAGGCACUGUGGAGAUCAAGUUCAGACGGAAAGACUUGGUGAAGACAAUGAGGAGAAUUGAUGCCAUUUAUUCAGGCCUUGCUGACCAGUUGGGUUCCCUGGAGCUGUCACAGAAAAUCCGUAAGGAGUUAGAAGCCAAAUUGAAAGCUCGAGAAGAGUUCCUUCUUCCAAUUUACCACCAAGUGGCAACCCAGUUUGCCAAUCUUCAUGAUACACCUGGCCGGAUGCAGGAGAAAGGAGUUAUUACGGAUAUCCUCGAGUGGAAGACCGUGCGCACGUUCUUCUACUGGCGUCUCCGCCGUCUACUGCUUGAAGAAAUGGUGAAACAAGAGAUUAUAAAAGUCAAUCCAGAGCUGAGUGAUGGCCAUAUUCAGUCAAUGCUGCGGAGGUGGUUUGUAGAGACAGAGGGAACUGUCAAGGCGUAUCUAUGGGAUAACAAUCAAAAGGUAGUGGAGUGGUUGGAAAAACAUCUUAAUGAUGAGGAUGACACUCGCUCUGUGAUACGAGAGAACAUCAAGUAUCUGAAACGUGAUUAUGCAAUAAAACACAUUCGCAGCUUAGUUCAGGCAAAUCCAGAGGUUGCAAUGGACUGUAUUAUCCACAUGAUGCAACAAAUCACCCCAGCCCAACGCACACAGAUCACUCAUCUCACAACAACAAUGGAUGGCCCAGCAUCGCCGUGAGUGAAUGAAACCCAACAGUGUUGACCACUGGAUGUCUUACUUCAGUGAGAUCUGAAUAACAUGCACACCUCAACAUCAUAUUAAAAAUGCUCAGGAACUGUGCCUUUCUCCAGCCAUGUGUUGCUGACAUGCCAGCCUGAAAACCCUCAAACAGAUAGUAAUGGAAAUACAGUCUUCAUCACACCAAGUGCCUAAACAGCUCUUCUUCCUGGCUCUAUGUACAACAAUGCACCAAAGCAGUCAUUUACCUUGAGACAUGUUGACAUUUACUACACGCUGUUAUUCCUGUGAAAUCUGGUCACAUACAGUCUUCAAGCAUGAUCCUCUAAACCUCAGCAUUGUAUGUUAAUUCAACAAGUGGUGCAGGAAUAAUCUACAAAAUAUUUUUCCCUAAAUGUCAUCUGAGGAUAUUAAGUUCUUCACUGAACUUUGCAGGAGUCUCUUGGAUUUUUACUCAGAUGUGUUUGCCUGGGAAGUGCAGUUCACAGAUCAUGUAUCUCAGAGAAGUUAAAACAAAAUAAUCUGUAAACCAUUUAUUUAGUACAAAUUGUGAUGAUGGAAAUAAAGCUCAGGUAAUCUUGGCUGUUAAACUUUGACCUUAUGCAGAAAUGUUACUACAAUGUGUUAUAGGAGUAACAUACUCUUAUUAUCUGUAUUUUCCAAGAGGCUAAUAAGAUCUACUUUCACAGUAACAGAUUAAUCCUAUUGCAUGAAUAUAAUCUUUGUGACUGUCAAUUGGCUUUUAAACCAUUGAUGGAUUAAAUAAUUCUUUAAGAACUUAUGCACUGCUGAAUUGGUGCAAAUAUAAUCAGUCUUGCAAUUGAACUAGCUACAGUGACUCCUACCUAAGUGUUACCUGAGGAGCCAUACACACCUGGGAGUAUUUGUGACCCACCUUUCCUUCAUUUGACACCUUCAGUUGUUCAAUCCACCUCUGGAAUUUCAUUCACCAGUGAGUCGUUGUCAAGGUGCGAUUGUUUCACUUUUUCCAUUUCAACAAGGGAUUGCUUUUUCAGCUUUCUUAUAGCAGAUGGAAUACACCAACAGGUCCUGCAUCACAUUUUUAAUCAACACUAGUAAUUGAGAGCUCACUGUAUGGAGAAUCAAAGAUGAAACCCAUAUUCCAGCUUUCUGGUGCAUUGUAUUGCUAAGGUUGACACUCAAGACAUUGCUUAAAAAAUUGGUGAGUUUAGUGCAGCAUAGACCAUCCAUCAAUAAUGCCGAUCAAGUAAGUUAUGGAAGUGUUAAUUAUUGCUGUUUUUUAUUAAAAUUCUGUUCUAAAAUGUAUGUUGAUUUAUGAAUGUAUUUGGUGUUAUUCUUUUAUUUAUUUUAUAAUAUUGGAGGCAUAAUUCCUUUGUGUUCACUUUUUCUGCAGAUAUCUUGGUCUGCAUAACAUCAAGCAUUAGAAAUUGCUAGAAUUCAUCUGCAGUCUUUGCUUUAAAGUCACAACUGCUUUCAUAUAUGUCCAAAAAUUGUGAGUUAAACAUUAUACUACAAAUCAUUCAGCCUCAAAAGUCCACAUCAAUUCAAACCUGCCUGUAGAAACUUUUUAAGCAUCAACAAGCAAUUUACAGAGAAGGCUGUUAUUGAAGACUUACUCCCAUGCAGGAGAGAAAGAGACAAUUUUUUUUAAUGCUUUCACUUUAAGGACUGGGUGUUUCCCUGCUGCACUAGCCACAGGCAAACUAUGGUCACCUGGUAAGGAGCCAAUGAAAACAUUGUUGUCCAAGCAGUUAUCCCUUAGUUCAGAGCCCAUCUGCUCUGUGCUGCUUUGGCUGUCAAUGUUCCAAGGAAACACAACAUUGUGUACAACUCUCAAUGUGCUCCAGUGAGCAUGAUUUUUGAACUGCAGCCAUCAUUUUUUACACAGUCUCCCUGGUUUAAAGCAGUACCCAAAACAGAGGAAAUGAAACUCUGUGGUCUUUACAAUUAUCAUCAUUUUUGUUUUACACUAAAGAAAAAUAUGCUCAGAGGAUAAAUACCCAUAUUUCAGAAAUGUAACUAUAAGCUGCAAUUUAAGUAUUUUUGUGUUUGUUUUACGAAUAAAAGUU